AUGAUGGACACGUGGCACCAAUUCCAAUGCGCACGACAUCCGUAUCCCUCGGUACGUGAUCGGACCUGGCAACCCGGGCCUGGAGCUUCACGGGUUCAGCGACGCCUCCAAGGUCGUGUACGGUGCGGUGACAUACGUCCGCAGUCUUCUCCCGAACGGCAAGUUGCCGCGGCGACAAUACAAACGUUCGUGCGCAACCGCGUCGCGGAGAUCCGGAAAGAGACCGGCGGGUUUAUAUUCAAGUACAUCCGCUUCAAGGACAACCCGGCUGACCUGAUCUCUCGAGGCAUGUUUCAGGCGGCCCUGAUGAAAUGUGGUAAGUGGUGGGAAGGACCAGGGUUUCUAGAGUCAGUUGUGUACCAGGAGGAACCUACAAUCAAGAUACCGGACAGUGAGUUGCCAGAGUUGAGAACAGUGAAGCUGGUUAUCUUGCUAGCCUGCAACACAAUCGACUUCCCAAUCUUCGAGGACUGCAGUUCAUUCCGGAAGCUGCAGCGAAUAAUGGUGUACGUGAUGCGUUUCCUGAUCGUGAAGGUGGUGCAGCACGACGUGCUGUCUCAAGAGAUCCAGCAAGUUACCGAGAACGACACGGCCGGGCAUCUCCAAGGUUUGACGCCAUUCCUACACGAAGGCCUCCUACGAGUGGGAGGAAAACUGCAACACUCCGAGCUGCCGUUUGCAGCCAAACACCAGCUGAUCCUGUCCAAGCACCGAGUGACCAACCUGAUAGUGAAGGCCUAUCACGAAGAACACCAGCACGCGGGGCCGUCGUCCCUGCUUGCAAUCCGGCGGAGACAGUUCUGGCUGCUCGACGGACGGUCGACAGUUCGGAGCGAUACGAAAAGCUGUGUGACGUGCUUCCGCGCGAAGCAACGCAGUACAAGCCAGCUGAUGGGGAGACUGCCGUCCUGUUGUGUGACCGAGAACCUUCCGUUCGACGAGGUCGGCGUGAACUACGCCGGAACGAUUACUGUGAAGGUGGGAACCCGGAAGCAACAGAUCGUCAAGGCAUACUUUGUCGUCUCUGUUUGCAUGGUGACCGAACUUGUUUCGGACCUCACGACCGAGACAUUCCUGGCCACCCUCCAACGCUUCGUCAGCCGACGCGGCAUACCUCGCCAAAUCCACUCGGAUAACGUCCAAGGAGAUCACCUGGUCGUUCAUCCCUCCCGGCGCGCCGAACUUCGGUGGCCUUUGGGAGGCCGCUGUAAAGAGCACCUGAAGAGGAUCCUCAAGAAUCGCAGCUUACCUUCGAGCAGUACGCGACCGUGCUAUCGGAGGUCGAGGCCGUGCUUAACUCAAGGCUGCUUUUCGCAACGUCAACCUGCGGAUCCGGAAGUCCUGACGCCGGGACACUUCUUGAUCGGCCGCCCUCUAAUGGCCAUUCCGGAACCGGCGUACGAGGGAACACCGACAAAUCGGCUGUCCAAAUAG